UACUUUUGUCAGCGGGUUUCGGUAAAUUUAAACGACCCGAUUCGGGCAUCAAUGGGUAAAAGUCGUAAUCUGGCGCCUCAUCAGGGUCCUGAGGCAGGGCAGAGUGCCGCAGCGUUCAAGCCUUUGCAGUCGCUAUGACAAACAGAUUCUGCGACAAAAUGUGUUGGGGACGGCAUUUGAACUAUUACGGGUGCCUUCGUACGGAGGUACGUGUAACUGGGCUUCGGACGAGAACGCUGAUUGUGCCUCGACAGAUCCAUUACUCCCCUUUCCAUUGGUGGUGUUCGCGCUCUCUUUGCAGCUUCGCAUCAGCUUUGGUCCGAAGCCCCGCCCUGCACCAACGGCUGUUCCAACGUCGGGUGUCACCGGCAGCGGUACCUGAAUACCCCAUCUCCCCCACCCCACCUGCCAGGCCACGGAUGGCUGACAGAGACGACGCCUCUGAUUGGUUGGGGAACUCCGGGAUUCGCCGAGCCUCAUUGCUGCAUGGCCGCCUUCCACAUCCAUCUCUCCGACUUCAGAGAACCAGAUCUUGCCGGCACUCGAUACAUCAAAUCUCAACUUGCCCACCACUCAUGGUCAUGGUAUUGUGAUCCUCGACGAGAAGAACAUCGAGUUCCUGGCUUCACCUACAGCCCGUCCAUCCUAUUUCGACGCUCUCUUGGCCUGUGCGAUAUCUCUCACGAAAGAACCGAGAAGAGGAUUUUCUGAUUCCCCAAAACGCUCCCUGA